UAUUGAAAAUUCACAAAUAAAACCGAACACUUUUUAAAUUUCUCUUUCGAUCACACAACUUAUCGGAAAUACCUCGAUACCAAAUUCAGAUCGACAAUCGCAGCGAAACGCGUGCAGCGGCCACACACUUUUUUUUAAUACAAAAAAGGAGAGCCAUGCCAUGUUUGAGUGAUAAGUGUAAAUAGCUGGCAAUUGUGGUUAGCAAAAGUGAAUGGCCAAGAACCCUUUGGCGCAGUGCAGGGUGGCCAAAACCGGAAACCAUUUGCCCAGCUGCUGUGGAAAACUAUUAAACCUCGGACAUUUGCUGUGACCUGACGCAGAAGAAGAAGACACGAAGAACAACAACAACAACAUCAGCAGCAGGCCAAAUUGUUGCGUAUUGUUUUUUUGUUUUUUCAGUAGGUCUUGGGAGCGAAUUUCGUGAAAAUAGUGUGUUUCAAACAUACGCAUAACUUAUGUCUGAUAAAAGUGCAAAGGAAUCAUGUAUCAGUAAGAGUGCGAGCUGCAGCAGCAGGCGCAAGAGAAGAAAGUGAGCGAGAAACGCAACCAAUAGUAUAUAUUCCAUCACCAGGCAGGCAACGUGCUUUGUUGAACGAUGUCCCAUGGCGAGGAUGUGUUAGACAACUGGGAGGAAAUCGACGAGGCGGGGCUCUCCAUGACUCUGCAAACAAAGCUGCAGGCGAGUGACCCACCAGUCCACAAGAUGAAGCUGCUCCAACGGCCGCAGAGCCUUCUGGAGUCCUCACAAAUCAACAGCAGCGGCGGCGGGGUCGGGAAUCCCCUGCCCCGGCAGAUCACAAUUGCCCGAAAACCCCAAUCAUCGCCAGCAGAGGUUGAUCCGCCUGCCCAGCAGCCGGUCAUGAUGGUGUUGCACAAGUCCUCCAACGAGUACGACUCGGCCAGCUAUGCCACGCCCACCAGCAACCAGACCGUCAAGAUCCUGCGACGGCCCGCUCAGGCCGAGGAGCGGCGGGACACGAACGGAAUGCGACCCAAGCAGCCCAUCAAGACGCUGAAGCAGCGCGAACAGGAGUAUGCCGAGGCUAGACUGCGCAUUCUGGGAGCAGCCAAAAACCCCGAGGAUGAUAAACCGGCUGCUCCCAGCUCACCAGCUGUAAACAGCAGUAGUGCGGCUGCGCCGCCUGCGGCCCCUCCUGCCACUCCCCCUGCUGCCAGCAGCAACAACAACGUCAUUAACAACAAUGGUAGCCAUUCAGCAGUGGGAAUGCAUCGCUCUAGUUCGGCUCCGAAAAUGUCCCAGGUGUCGCCAAUGUAUAAUAACUACAACAGCUACUACCAGGGGCCGCACAAUCAGCCAGGUCUGAACUAUUACUAUCCGCAUAACCCGCAACAGCAGCAACAACAGCAGCCGUCGCCCUCGAUGCAGCCGCAUUUCAACCAAAGGCUGCCCCCGUAUGGAGGCGGAGGAUCGGGACUCGGAGGAGUUGGGAUGCCGGCUCAGGCGCCGCCUCAGUCGUCGCCCAAUCCCCAGAGCUGGUCCCCUGUUGUGGGCGGAUCGGUAUCCGCUGCGCUUCUGCGCCAGCAGUCGCUGCAAUCGCCGCAGCAGCAACAGCAGAAUCAGCAGCAACUCGGCCAGCAUCCGCAUCCCUUCAACGACCUCGUCCUGCGUUUGCCCAAGGGUCCUUGUCCGAAUGGCUCCAUUGGCUUUCAAAUGCGCAGGUAACAGACUGCAGCGAUGGAGAGCGGCCUGUCUAUUUCAACAACUUCUUAUUUUCGUCUUGGUACAUUGAUUCAAAUGCAUGUUUCUUAUAUAUAAAAGAAAAUCAACCGAAAGCAACAACCCACGAGUUAUUCUGAGAUUCUUUGUCGCCAAACAUUCGGUGUGACGCAUAUUCAUUGCUAUACCCACUGGCUAGACCCAAGCAUCAACAACUAUGUAAAACAAAUUUUAUGACGGACUAUGGUAGAUAUUUUGUAAAUUUACAACUCACACCACACAAUUUUGUAUAAUGCAUACUAAUAAAACGAAACAGUAAUUUUAAAAGA